AUGAAGCAUAUCAUUGGACUAGUGCUUUUGGGGCUGUUGUGCAGCCAUGCAGUGUUGGCAGGAAAUGUAGACGAUACCCAAGCGGAGGGUCCAUCCCAAUCGGGACGCAUUAUCAACGGCUACCAAGUGAACAUCGCCAACUACAAGUAUGCAUUGAGUCUCUUCAUAGACAACAGAUACAACUGUGGUGCCAGCAUUAUCACGGCGAUGCAUGCCCUGACCGCUGCUCAUUGCGUAUUAGGCUUUGCUCCUUGGCGGGUAAUUUUAUACGGAGGUAGUUCAUUCCUCAAUCGCCCAGUCGUCCGAACUACAGUUAGUAGAAUAGUUGUUCACCCGAGCUACAAUCCUUCAGUCUCUAAAAACUUCGAUGUAGCUGUUAUCACGGUGCCUGCGAACAGCUUCGUUGGAAAGCCAAACAUGUUUCCGAUCGGGCUUCAAACCGCUCAAGUCCCAACUGGCACAAUAUGCUUCGUCGUUGGAUGGGGUUUGUUUGACAAUAACAUUCAAGCGCCUUCAAACAGCUUACGUUACACCAACGUACAAACCGUCUCGGACGCCUCUUGUUCGGCAACGUUCCAACAGAGAAUUAUGCCCGAACAAAUUUGCUCCAUCAACGGCAUGAAUAUGGAGGUUUGCAAAGGAGACGACGGUAGCGCUCUAGUGUGCGGUGGUAAAUUGACUGGAGUCGUAUCCUUCGGCCGUAUUCCAUGUAUCAGUAAUGCGCCCGUAGUUUAUGCGAAGGUUAUGGUGCCCAGCAUUUUCAACUUCAUUCGUAGCCAAGCGCGAAUCUAA